GCUCGCAUUUUGAUGACGUAGUUCACAGGUGUUUGUUCAUAGAAGGGUCGCAGUUUAUUUCCUUUCAUAUUGAUGUGGUUGAAGAAAAAAAUUUGAUUCCAGAUGUGACCAAAAUAAUGAUCCUGAGGUAGCCUACAGUGGUCUCCGGGUAAAUGCAAGAUCGACCGUGAAGCACGCUCAUAGCGCGGAGCCGAAUUUUUCUUUAAUAAAAUUGUCACUCAAAAAAACAACCCUAGGGCGAUUAGUUUUGCAGUAGUAUGAGUCGUCAGACGGCAUCAGGGCAAAAGGGGAGGACGCUUCAAGUGCCUGCGAUGCCUAACAACGCUCUACCCAUGCAGACCUCUGAUGUCAACACAGUGUUUUGGCCCGGGCCGAAUAUUGGCAACUCUGACCUGGCCAGUCACUUUGAGUGCCCUGUGUGCUUCGACUACGCUCUACCUCCCAUCAUUCAGUGUCAGAGUGGGCACAUUGUAUGUCAGUCCUGUAGACAAAAGUUAAAUAUUUGCCCCACAUGUAGGGGCCCUUUAGGCAACAUUCGUAAUUUAGCUAUGGAGAAAGUGGCUGCAUCCGUCCUUUUCCCAUGUCGUUAUUCCAACAAUGGAUGUAUAUCCUCCUUGCUCCAUACGGAAAAAAGUGAACACGAAGACACCUGUGAACAUAGACCGUACACAUGUCCGUGCCCUGGGGCGUCCUGCAAAUGGCAGGGCUCGUUAGAACAGGUCAUGCCUCACCUCAUGCAACAACAUAAAAGCAUCACCACUCUCCAAGGUGAAGACAUUGUCUUUCUGGCCACUGACAUCAACCUGCCUGGGGCUGUGGACUGGGUUAUGAUGCAGUCCUGUUUUGGUCACAACUUCAUGCUUGUUUUGGAAAAGCAGGAGAAAAUAGAUGGUCUUCAAAUGUUCUAUGCUAUUGUACAGCUCAUAGGAACCCGCAAGCAGGCAGAAAAUUUUAUUUAUAGAUUGGAAUUGAACGGACAUCGCCGGCGCCUGACGUGGGAAGCAGCUCCCAGGAGUAUUCAUGACGGCAUACAGUCAGCCAUUGCCAGUAGCGAUUGCCUGGUGUUUGACACCAACAUUGCACAACUGUUUGCAGACCACGGGAACCUCGGCAUCAAUGUUACCAUCACCAUCUGUGACAGAUAGAGCUAUUGGCACCACAGAUUCCUCAC